GAGCACCGGACUCCCCGCUCACCGAUAUAAUUCUGUUACAAUUUGAAUUUAUAUAAGUUCUCUCUCCGUAAUCCUUACUUUCACGGCGGCUUUCGCGUUUGCAUUGGCAGUAAAUAUAGUAUCACUUCGUACUAGUUUCCGGUCAAUCGCUCCAAGUGUUAACAAUGGCCACAAUCGCCUAUAAGAAGAUGCUGGGCGGGCAGAAGAUGCCCGCCAUUGGUUUGGGCACCUGGAUGUCCACCGACGAACAGGAGCUCGAACGCGCCCUGAACGCCGCCCUGGAGGCGGGCUACCGCCACAUCGACACUGCCACCGUCUACUUCAACGAGGAGCUGAUAGGCCGGGUGCUGAGCAAAUGGAUAUCCUCCGGGAAAAUCAGGCGCGAGGAACUGUUCAUCACCACCAAGCUCCCGGUGGCCGGUGUGCACGAAGACCGCGUCGAAUUGUUCAUCAAAAAGUCCUUGGAGGACCUGCAACUGGACUAUUUGGAUUUGUAUUUGAUCCAUUUUCCAGUCGCCUCGAACUACGUCGGGGCCCCUAUAACGCCUCCGGACCAGCUUAAAGUGGAAAACAACGACCUGUUGGCUGUGUGGAAGAAAAUGGAGGAGCAAGUCGACGCUGGCAGAACGAAAGCUAUCGGUUUAUCGAAUUUCAACCAGAAACAAGUGGAGAGAAUAUUGAAGAAUUGUAGGAUACCUCCUGCGUGUUUGCAAGUGGAAUUGCACGUAUCUCUUCAACAGAAGGAACUCGUAGAUUAUUGCCACAAGAACGAUAUAGUAGUUGUGGCCUAUUCUCCAUUGGGGAAUCCCUCUUACAACAACUUUUUAAAGACGGUCGGUCAAGAUGGUAAGGAGUUGCCGAAUAACCUUCAGAAUCCAGUGGUGAAAAGCAUAGCGAACAAGUACAACAAAUCGCCCGGGCAGGUUUUGCUGAGAUUCCUGAUCGAGAGGAACAUUGUUCCGAUACCGAAGAGCGUGACGCCCAAAAGGAUAGAAGAAAAUUUGAACGUGUUCGAUUUUUCGCUCGAUCUGGAAGAUAUGGAGAAAUUGAGGGAGUUGGAUAGGGGCGAGAUUGCACGUAUUUGCGAUUUUGCUUUCUUUCCACCGUUAAAAAAUGCACCGGAAUAUCCUUUUUCCUCGCAAUUAUAGAGCGCUUGCAAUUUAAACUUUUGUGAUUAUUAUUCGUUUUAAAAUUAGUUUGUUAGUGUACUUUCCUAAUUAUAAUUAUGUAUGUUCCGCCCACGAUUUCAAUUUAAUUUUUAUUGCAAUUAAUAUUGCUGGAAAUUGAAUUUAUUUUUAUGUGAUUAUGACUAUGAGUUUUUCAGCUAUUAAUUACUGGUUAGCGUCAAAAUUCCAAAUUUUAUUCAAAAAUAGUACAUAAAUAAAGCAAAAAGUUACAUAAGAUGGUACGAUCUUGAUUUUAUUGCACAAUUACCGCACAUUAAACUGAAGAUCAUAAGCACCCCUAUUAAUUGUAUAAAUAAUUUUAAUAACGCCUAUAUUAAAUGUCUUGUUGCUGCAA